AUGGUUGACGAGUCCGUGAGAUGUGACCAUGCUAAUUCCACGUUUCAUCAUAUUCACUUUUUCGACUUCUACACCACCACCACCUUUAUUUGUCCCAUUCUUUUGUCGGAUAAAUUAGUAAAUAACACAUUCACGAAUUGUAAAACCCCAUCUCGAAUGCUCCUCUUCGCUUAUUUCCCAACUGCCCAAUUAGAUGGAGGUGUUAUCAGUUUGUCGACUGAUAAGAAUGUUCAUUCAAACACACACGUAUGUAAGAAAGGCGACGAUGAUGACGCUGGCUUUAAGAAGCCACCAAAAAUUCUGUGUUCCUGGUGUACAGCAAACAUAGUGGCGUCGGAAACGGCGUCCGUCGCUUGCGGUGACUUUGCUUUCACUCCACUGGCGUCAGUCUCGGCUUUGCACGCGAACUUAACCGCAGCCACCACCACCGCAACCACCACACAAACACAGAAUCACACAGGAUUUAUCGUCUGUCCCAGGUGGAUGGGAAUACACACGAACUCCAAUACACUUGUUAGGGGAUGUGUGGUAAAGAAAGCGGAGAACACGACGAAUGCGAAGACGACAACACCUAACCAGGAGACGCACGCAAACCUGUGGGAGAGUGCGCGAGGACAAAUCUUCACCUGCUCAGAAUUGGGGAGGCGGAAUAGGAGGAGGAGGAGGAGGAGGAGGGAGAGGCACGCACCCUUCCCUCCAUCUCCCCAGUGGCACAUUGAUGGGGGAUGUGCUCCCGCCCACUCUCCACGUGCCAUGGCAAAUCUGGGCGGAUGCAGUCGGUCGCCAGAAGACUGGCUGGAGGAGGGCAUCCUGUUUUGCAUAGUGAAUUCACAGAUUGCCCAAGGUUCAUGUGAGGAGCGGUGCUUUUCUCCACCGUGGAAAUCGGUGACAUCCGCUUAG